UGAAGACAUAGAGUAGCCUGACGCGCAUCUUAUUUUUUCGUGACACGGUGGGCCGUUCAGCUUUAGUCCUUUAAAAAGCUCCCUGUGCGAAGAAAGACGGACAGACAGACGCAGAAAGACAGCGACAGACAGAGAAAGAGAGAGGGAGAGAGAGAGUGGGCAAAUCCACGGCACCAUGACGCACAGGUCAGCGCGUCUCCUGCAGUGAUGCUCCAUUGACUCAUUUAUCCAGAUCGAAGCAUAGCUCCUGCUAUGGACUCUCUCGGCGGUCUUCUCUUACGGAUAUCGGUGCUUCUGUACGGCUCCUGCGGCAUCCUGUCUCUCUUACCGGAAAUAACGGAACCGGAGUUCAUCCGCAGGUGUGUGCUGGCGCAUAACGCGCAGCGCUCGCGCACCACUCCACCUGCGGCCAGCGCGCGCUCAAUGUCCUGGGAUAAUGGAUUGGCCAAGGGUGCAAGAGACCGAGCAAGACACUGUAAAGCCUCUCAUCACCCUGGGCUGGCACAUUUCGGGCACCCGCUGUUCGGGUGGAUGGGUGAGAACAUCUGGCUGGGGGCUCCGUUUUCAGCAUUCUCAGUGGAGAACGCAAUACACGGAUGGAGCAGAAAAGGAGCUUACUCACUCAAAAAUAACAACUGCUCACGCUUGUGUGGCCACUAUGCACAGUUAAUGUGGUCUACAAGCUUUAAGCUGGGCUGUGCUGUAAAUGUGUGCAAUAAAGGAAUCGAAAACUUCUCCACUAACCCAGAAUCCACUAUUUUUGUGUGCAACUACGGAGACACGGGACAUGUUCAUGGUGUAACUCCAAGUAUAGCAGGUGUGGCCUGCAGCGGUUGUGGGUCAGAGAUCUGCCGAGACAACGUCUGUAGAUAUGACUGGUUCCCUGGGUGGGACUAUGGCCCUCCCUCUUCAGCCUACAGUAUUUCCUAUUGGCUGACUGAUCUUGGACUGUGUCUACUAGGAGUUUGCUGGCUACUUCACUUUUAUGAAACACAUUAAUGUCAUCAUGUAAUUUAAUGUCUCGAAUUUGAACCUUAAAAUUAGCAUCUCUCCAUAAUUUCUUGGAUAUUAAAUUAGCAAUCACUGAAAUAAUAAGAAGAAAUCUGUUAUGUAGAAAUAUAUAUAUAUAUAUAUAUAGUUUCCUUUCUGCUGUGUGUAAAUCAUUUACUUUAGUUCCAUAUACACAAUAGGCCUAUAAAUGCAUUUAGAAAUCUGGAAUUUAAAUUUUACUUGAAUGCCCAUCAUAAAAGUGCUAGCUGAAUAAACUUGGGUUGAUAUUUUAUACUCUUACUGCUUGUCUUCUCAUUUCGAAAGUGUGUUACAACCUCUUAGGAUUAUGGAGCGUGAAUAUGAGUGUGUGUGUGAUAGUGAAAAUACACAUCAGUACGGUGCUUGUUGUGUGUUUCACACACAUAUAAGCAAUGUAGUCACGACACAUUCCUGAUGAUUUUACAGUCCCCAUGGAAACGUGUGCAUGUAUAGCACACUGUAGGCCGUGAGUGAGAACAGCUAUGAGUCACGAGUUACGAAUUAUAUUAUAUUAAGUAGUUGUGUAUUUAAUCAAUUGAGUAAUCAAUCAGCAGUGCUCUAUUAGUGCAUAAGUAAUGUGUUGUUGAUGGUUAUAUUAUUUUAGGAUGUCUGUACACCUGGGCUAAUUAACACACAAGGAUGUCAGAGAUGAAGAAAAGGAGAAAUA